AUGUUAGAUGCUGGCUGCCAGCUUUUUUCAGUCUCCAAUUCAGACCUUGAUGCCACCAGACGUGUGAAGUCUAUUGUACUAAAGAAGGGGGGCCUGAAGAAAAUUGAUUUCAAGAGAUUAGCCUCUCUUCAUACUUGUUUGAGUUACAACUCCACUAACACAUUAAUGGAGAAACUUGGACAAGGGUAUGACAGCAAGUUAGUGGAUUGGAAAGAAGAAGUUGAACUUGGGGUGAAGAGAGAGGCGGACAUUUUUGAAUCAUUAAAGCAAGCUCAGACUGCUGAGAAUGAGAACCAAAUCAAGGAAAGAGAGGCAGAUCUACAUACCCAAAGGGCCUUCAUGCAUCAGGGAUAUUCCUUUACAGGGGAUAAUGUUGACAUGAGGUGUACUCCUCGGCAAAUGACACUCAAGAACAGGAACAGACCAUCACAUGUUCCAAAUUGUAGCAUUCAAGAACCGAGUGUCAUCAAACCACCUUCCCUCAGACAAACCGAAAGGGAAACGUCG